CUAACUCGCAGUCCUGAAGCUACACCGUCUUCUCAGUUAUAGCUGCUGGCCUCCCCUGGGGCGCCGGCAGCUAUCUGGGCUCUGUGCAGAGGGUCCGUGUCGGGGAGCGGCUGCACACAAAGCAACCGGAGAUGGCCGCAGAGGCCCCGGCUGCGCCCGAGAGGAGAAGCCGCUUCCGCAGCGCGUCCUGCGGAGCCCCGCCGGGGCCAGCGGCGGUGCGGCCUGAUGCCACCGGCAGGCGACCGGCGGAAACGUCAUGAGGCAGCGCCGGGCUCCGGGCGGAGUGCGGGUAUGGAGCCGGUGCGCCGCGUCCUGCUCAUCGGGGAGGGCAACUUCUCCUUCGCGGCCUCGCUGUGCGGGGCCGAGGGAACCCACGUUGUGGCCACUUGCUACGGGAGUGAAGAGGAGGUGUCCGGGUGUGGAGGAGCAGCGGAGAACAUCCAGCGUCUGCGGGAGAAAGGAGCUGAAGUUAUGUUCUCAGUGGACUGCACCAAGCUGAAGGACUAUUUUUUACCAGGAAAAAGAGAAUUUGACUGUAUUCAUUUCAACUUCCCUCACUGUGGAAGAAAGGCUGGGGUAGUGAAGAACAGAGAACUUCUUGCGCACUUCUUCCAUAGCUCUGCAGAAGUGCUAUCAGAGGAGGGAGAGGUCCAUGUGGCUCUUUGUAAUGGACAGGGUGGGACACCUGCUGAUCAGCCAAGGAGAGAAUGGCACAACAGCUGGCAAAUAGUGGCUGUGGCAGCAGGAGCUGGAUUUAUCUUGAGUAAUGUUCAUCCUUUUAAAGCAGAGACGAUCCAUGGAUAUAAGUGUACAGGCUACAGGUAAAUGUGGCAAAACUGAAAAGAUAUUUGUGCUCUUAUAAUACUUAGCACUAGUAUGAAACCUUUAUAUCUGACACUGUUUUGGGUAAGUUGCUGGGCUCAAAUUAUGAUCACAGGAAGGUAUCUCAGGGAAAUCUGUUUAGUGGUGUGUGUAAUUCACACUUUUAUUUUCCACAGGGGUUUCCUAGAACCAAAUUCAAAUCAUCCGGUACGGACAGUAAAGGAGAAGCUCACUGCAGAGCUUUGCCAAGCCUUUCCGUUACAAAACAUUGACUCCUGCCUUCCUCUGCUCCACCAAGGUCAACUCAAUGGUGUCUGUGACUCAAAUAUCUUUUGGAUCAUUCUGAACCCAGAGGAGACUCCAAGCACUGAAGAAAUGUCUAAUGGACUGGCAAAUGCAGUUUCAUUUCACCAUGUUGAUUUUUGCAGGGAUGCAGAUAGGAAUGGCUGGGUGGAUGUACAAGAGGGAUGCCACACUUCAAAGCGGUAUUAUCUUAGACCUUCCCUUCUACCUUAUGCUCAGGCAGUAGUACAAAGAGGAGCUUUUCUCCCAGAGACCCUUUAUGUUAUUUCUGGGCUGGUUUUCAGGAGGUGUUUUAUCACUCCUCACUCAAUGCCUGUUUUUCAUGAGAUGUUUUUUGUAAGCGCCAUUAACAGAGGUACAGAGAAAAGCUAUAUCCAGAUGUUGGUGGAUAACAUUAAAACUAGCAUACAUUCUCUUCACCAAACUGUUUCCAGCUUUAAACUGAGUAUCAACCUGCAGGAAGCAAUGAGCUUUGAAACAACUGAGCUAAAUGACUUUGCUGCUUUUGAAACUCAGCUUAGUAAAAUUCAGUACUUAAUCUGUGUGGAGACAGAUACUUCAGGCUCCCAUGACAAGGGCUCCUGUGUGGGAGUUAUAAGGACAGCUCAUUAUGAACUAGUAGGCAGUGAACUGGUUAUUGUCUUUGCUUCAUUGAAUCUUGACCUCGUAGCCAUGCUGAUCUGUGGAAUAUGUGGUUGGCGAAUGCUCUGGACAUCAGACAACCGGUUCCUCCAUCAAUUUCCUAGAGGAGAAUUAAGGCUAUUCAAGAGUUUUUCUCUCUAUCCACCUUCCUAUGUGCAUGAUGUCAGCUUUUGGGUUCCUGAUGGGGAACAGUUCGAUGAAGUUGCUUUUCACACCAUUGCCAGGCAGGUGUCGUGUGAAACGGUCACGUCCAUCCAGUUAAUCGACAGUUUCCAGCAGUCAGAGACGCGACGGAGGAGCUUGUGCUACAGGCUGACCUUUCAGUCCUGCGACAAGGCCCUGAGCCGUCAGCUGGUGGCGGAGAUGCAGCUGCUCCUCCGGAAGGAGAUAAACCAGCACUUGGGUGUUACUGUUCGAUAGAGAGGUGUGUGUUG